AUGUCGUCCAAACGCAAGCGCACCUACAACACCGAUUCAAUCCCCAUCAGCUCCUCUUCCUCCAGCAGCCAAGCAUCCGAGGACAGCGUGCUGGAGUCGGAUGAAGAGAGCCCGUCAAGGAGAAGGGGAUGUGCAGCCGCGAACGACAUGUCUCAGAGGCAGACGAGGAAGAUCAACAGUGGCAGGUUUGGCAUGUUUAAUAGCCCGACCUUGAUGCGUCGCUUACUCGGUUCGUCAAACCUUGAAAAGAAGAGAAGAAGGACAAACAAGUGUAGCAAGUACCGGCGGGGUAGCUCAAGCCAACCCAUAGAGCCGGAGUUACUUGUGGCUGACAACGACGAAGACGAAGACGAAGACGAAGAUAAAGACAAAGACGAAGACAAAGACGAGCAGAGUCUCUUUGUCCCAGACAUAGCUUCACAAUCCCAACCCGUCACCAUCGACGAUGGCAACGAGAGUGACGGAGAGUCACUAUACGAGGAUCUGACUCCCGAGCGAGCGCGCAAGGUGAAAGAGUACAUUCACAUCCUCAACACCAUCGAGACGGCCGGAAUCAGCCUGCAAACCGCUGCGGAUGAGCUCAGCACCGCUGUGGCAGAGCACACGACUGUGCCGCAGAAACUCAAAGACAUGCAUAUCACGGUAGAUAAUAGGGUGGCAGAGAUCAUGCAGGAGCGAGACGAAGCAAUCAGGAUCGCGAACGAACGGGCGGAACAGAAGAUUCAACGCGUUAGAGAGAGGUUGCCGCGGGAAAGGGGGAGUUAUGAAGAAAGAAUGAAAGAGUGUGUCGGGCGCAAGAGUACGGCUGAGAAGAGCAUUGCCAAGUUGGAGACUGAGGUUUUGAGGGCCAGAGAACAGAAAGAUGAGAUGGAGCGUCUGGGUGGCUUUGAGCUGUGCAGUGAUACCAGGAAGGUGCAGGCGAAGAAGGUAGGAAGGUGA